AUGACGACGAAGAGCAGCGCGAUGGAAGAAACGACGACACUUUCCGCGUCAUCAUCGUCAUCGUCAUCGGAAACGAGAAGAGACGCGGAAGCAGUCGUGCGAGGAAUGUACGACGCCAUCAAUAAAAGAGACGUGACGAAAGCGCUGACGUUUGUCGACGACGACAUCGUGUACGAAGAUUUCAACUUCCCAGAACCAUUCCGAGGGAAAGCGCGGGUGAAAAAAUUAUUCGAGGAGAGUUGCACGGGGAUACCGGACGAUUUAGAUUUUAUCAUCGAGAGAAGCACGACGUCUUCGUCCUCGGAGGCGGGAGGAUUAGGGGAGAGUUUGACGUUUGGGUGCACGUGGCACGUUGAAAUCGCAGGCGAGCCGUUUCCAAACGCGCGAGGCGCUUCGUUUUACGAGAUUUCAAAGGAGAGCGGGAAGCUGAUUUACGCCAGAGACGUGGUCGAGUCGCCGAUGAAGCUAGGGGAGGCGUCGUUUUCAAUCAUACGGGUCGUAGCGCCGCUGGUGAAGGAACAGAUUUUAGCCGAGAAGCAGAAGAAGGAGAACAACAAGAAAAAUGAUAACGAGAGUAGUGACGAAGGGAGCGCGAAGGGAGAGAUGACGACAUCUUCUUCCGACAAUAAUAACGCGUUGGAGAUCGCCGGGUUGUGGGCUACCGCGGCUGCGUAUUGGUACGUGUUACUCCUCUCGCCGCCGUUUUCGCCAGUUCCGGGAUACCCGGGAUGGGCCAUUACUCCCGAAAGUUUGCAAGACGUCAUAAACUCUUCCGUUCAAUUCUUCUUCAUCUUACAAGGCAUGAACGAAGCCGGCAUCACGUUUGCCGGACUAGCGACGGAUUUCCCAGUCCAGCCGGAAACGUUGGGCGUGUUCAACUUUGCCGAGGCGUUCGUGUUUAUGUUGUUUCCGGUUCUGUUGAUGGAUAAAACGAAAUUAGGCAAAGAGAAAGGUGGGGAUUUGAAAACGACCACGUUUUGGUCCAUCUCCAUGUUUCUCACGAACGCGACUUUGCUUCCGUAUUUCGCCACGAGGGCGAAGAGUAUCGGCGAGAAUAGGAAAGAAAACGAAACGUCCGCGUACGUAUCCGAUGAUGCAGGUGUGAUCAACGAAGAUGCGAAAACGAGAGAAGGGAGAGAAGGUAAAAAAGGCUUGCUGAGCAAAGGUUUUGGCGUGUACGGUUUAUUAGUCGGCGUCUACUCGCUGUGGUACUUUGCGAACGGAUACGUUCCGUCCGGCGAAGAGCGAGACUUAGCCGAGCGAUGGACGUACUACGUGCAAACUCUACACGAAGACAGAGUCUCGGUCGCGUUUACGUGCGACAUCGUCCUCUUCUAUUUGUGGCAAAUUUAUUUCACGAAGAAAGUCGAUCCUACGUGUUCCGCCAUCGAUCGAUUCUUACCCUUCUUUGGCCUCGCCGGGUGGUUGAUUAAAUAA